GGUGCAAGUCUGGCAUACGGGAUACCCUUUUGGUUGAGUCCGCUGACCCCGCAAGAAGUCCUAUGUUCAAAAGUAAAAUCAAAACGUAAAACACUGGUAAAAAAUAAUAAGUCCUGAAUAAUAUUGACUUUUACGCUAUGAUCAUCUGAAGUCAGGGUCUUCUGGCAGCCAUGGCACGAGACAGAAGCAAAGAAAGGCGCAGGAGUAGAGAAAGGAGUCGUAGGUCAAAGAGUAAAGAAAGAAAAAGAUCUAGAAGUAAAAGCAUUGAUAGAGCUAAGCGUAAAAGAUCAAGGAGUAGAGAAAAAGAAAGAGACAGAACCAAAGACAGAGAAAGAAAGAGCAGACGAGAUAAGGAGAGGGACAAAAGUCGCAAACGUGCUCGAAGCAGCUCCUCUAGUAGUGGAACCAGCAGAAGUAGGAGUCGCAGUAAGGACCGAAAAAGUAGGAGACGAUCUCGCAGCAGAAGUCUUGAGAAAAAGAAAAUUAAUCGGAGUAAGGAGAAACGAAGAAAAUCCCGAAGUAGAUCUAAAGACAGGUCUGACUCAUCUCGGUCAAGAUCAAGAAGCAGGGAGAGAGAGAGUAAAAAAUCAAAAUCCAGGAAAAAGCAAGAGGAUGCUGAUGAAUCAGGAAAGGACAAGGAGAGUAGAUCCAGCAAGUCAGUGAAAGAGGAGACCUCUCAGGCAGAUGUUUCUAAGAUCGCAGAUGCAGGAGAUCUAGAAAGUGAAAUGCAAAAGAGAAGAGAAAGAGUUGAGGCCUGGAGAGCGAGAAAGAAAAAAGAAAUGCAGCUACAAGAAGCUGCUAAAAAAAUUCAAGAAAUCAAGAAGUCUAAAGUUUGGAGUUUGGAAGAUGAUGAUGAAGAUGAUGAACCAGAUGUUGCUAUGAAUGAUGAGGAUGAUAAUGAUGCAGAGAGCAACAACCCACAGACAGAGGAAGAAGAGGAGGAACCUGAUGUUGACCCACUUGAUGCAUUUAUGGCCACAGUCAACAAAGAAGUGAAGAAAGUGAACACUCUAGACAAGAAAAAGCUUGGGAAAGGAAAAGCUACUGUAAUUACUCAUGUAGUCGUCAAAAAGCCAGAGGUGACUGAGAAAUCUGAGAAGAAAGGGGAAUUGAUGGAAGGAGACAUUGAUGCUAUGGAGUACUCGUCAGAGGAGGAAAAGGAGGAAGAAGACCUUGAAUCAACUUAUGCAGGAUAUAAAACCAAAAAGAAAAAGGAAUUACAACCUGUUGACCACAAGACAGUUGUUUAUCAGCCAUUCAGAAAAGAUUUCUAUGUGGAAGUCCCAGAGCUUGCAAAGAUGACCCCAGAAGAAACUGAUGAGUUUCGGCUUAGUCUGGAGAACAUCCAUGUUCGAGGGAAAAAUGCACCCAAACCCGUCAAGACUUGGGCUCAGACUGGGGUGCAGCUCAAGAUACUUGAUGUCUUAAAAAAGAAUAGCUAUGAGAAACCAACGCCCAUUCAGGCACAGGCAAUUCCAGUCAUCAUGUCCGGCCGAGAUAUGAUUGGUAUUGCCAAGACUGGCAGUGGAAAAACAUUGGCAUUUCUCAUCCCAAUGUUCAGGCAUAUCAAGGACCAGCCCCCAUUAGAGCGAGAAGAAGGGCCAAUUGCAAUUGUGAUGACACCCACUAGAGAGUUAGCAAUCCAGAUCCACCGUGAGUGCAAGAAGUUCUGCAAGCCUAACAACCUACGAUGCGUGUGUGUCUAUGGAGGCACAGGUAUAAGUGAGCAGAUAGCAGAGCUGAAGCGUGGUGCUGAGAUAAUUGUUUGCACUCCUGGUCGGAUGAUUGACAUGCUUACAGCUAACAAUGGCCGUGUGACUAACUGCCAGAGAUGCACCUAUCUAGUAUUAGACGAGGCUGACAGGAUGUUUGAUAUGGGCUUUGAGCCUCAGGUCAUGCGCAUCAUCGACUGCAUUCGACCUGACCGCCAGACGGUCAUGUUCUCUGCCACCUUCCCGCGUCAGAUGGAAGCAUUGGCCAGGAAGAUUCUUGACAAACCUAUUGAAAUCCAAGUCGGUGGUCGGAGUGUGGUUUGCUCAGAUGUUGAGCAGAAUGUGGUGGUAAUUGAAGAGGACGAUAAAUUCUUGAAACUGCUUGAACUACUCGGUCUCUACCAGGAACAGGGUAGCGUCCUGGUAUUUGUGGAGAAGCAAGAUUCUGCGGAUUCACUGUUCAAAGACUUGCUCAAAAGAUCGUACCCAUGUCUCUCGUUGCACGGAGGUAUGGACCAGUUUGAUCGUGAUAGCACCAUAGCAGAUUUUAAAAAUGGUGUCACAAAGUUGAUGAUCGCGACGUCUGUGGCGGCAAGGGGUCUUGAUGUCAAGCACCUCAACCUUGUGGUCAACUACGACUGCCCAAACCACUACGAAGACUACGUGCAUCGCGUGGGACGUACGGGUCGUGCAGGCAACAAGGGUACUGCAUAUACCUUCUUAACCCCAGAGCAAGGCAGAUUUGCCAUUGAUGUCAUCAAGGCUCUAGAGAUGGCAGAAAAUCCUGUUCCCGAGGACGUCCGCAAUCUUGCCAAUACCUAUAUAGAGACGAGGAAGGCGGAAGGCAAAAAUAUCGUCAAGAACAGUGGCUUCUCUGGCAAAGGUUUUAAGUUCAACGACGAAGAGAAGGCCAAAGUGAGCGAAGCAAAAAAGAUUCAGAAAUGGGCGCUCGGCUUACAAGAUUCUGAUGACGAGGCAGAAGCCGAGGAGAAAGCUGUGGAGGAGAUCGACAAGCGCUUGGACGCCGUGUUUAGUAAGAAACCUCAUGUUAAGAAAGUCGUGCCGCAAGUUGGCGAACCCGCCGUCAAACGUGAGGGCGAACAACAAGCGAAAUUCAACCUGGCCUCCAGCAUAGCAGCGAAGAUCAAUCAGAAGAUCAGUGCAGGAACCAAUAACCUGGAUCCUACUCAACAAGCGGCGAGUCAGAUUAUCAAAGGCGGAACUGUAACUGCGCUAACGGGUUUGGAUCUGGCCAAGCAGUUAGCCCAGAAGGUACACACCAAGCUCAACUACGAGGGUCCCCAGGAAGAGGUUAAAGAGAAAGAGGAGGAGAAGCAAGAGGCGGAGCGCUAUGAAGACGAGGUGGAGAUUAACGAGUUCCCUCAGACGGCGAGGUGGAAGAUCACUUCUAAGGAGACGAUCAUGACCAUCACCGAGUACUCGGAGUGCGCAGUCACAGUCAGAGGCACCUAUUUCCCUCCAGGCAAAGAGCCAAAGGAAGGCGAGAGAAAGAUCUACCUUUAUAUCGAAGGGCCCUCUGAGCGUGCCAUUCAGCUCGCCAAGUCCGAGAUCAAGCGCAUAGUGAAAGAAGAGUUAGUACGACUGGGUACAUACCGAGGGCCUCAGCCGACAGGAAGAUACAAGGUGCUUUGAUGGGACUACUAGUAUAUCGUGUGGUGUUAUGAUCUGUCUGGAAACGUACCGAGGGCCUCCGCCGACAGGAAAAUAUAAGGUGCUUUGAUGGGACUACUAGUAUAUCGUCUGGUGUUAUCAUCUGCCAUAAAUCAUACCGAGGGCCUCCGCCGACAGGAAAUAUAAGGUGCUUUGAUAGGACUACAAGUAUAUCGUCUGGUGUUAUGAUCUGCCAUAAAUCAUACCGAGGGCCUCCGCCGUCGGGAAAUAAAUUAGUGCUUUGAUGGGACUACUAGCAUAACGUCUGGUGUGAUGAUCUGCAACCGACGGAUACCCAAGCAGCCAGCUGUUCACUCGUCUCGUGGAUCUCGAAACAAGGGCAUAGUGGGGACCGCAAACCUCAUGGACACCAAGUACACAAAGGACAUGAAGCACAAAGUAACACAUAUACGCAAUACUGGGACAUGUAGUGAAGCCACUGCUAGCCUGUCACUUACUGCAUGUGUAGCGAGCGAUCACCGUCUUACUUACGGGCACAACUGUACAGUAAGGCCUACAGGGGUAUACUAAGGAAUGAUCCUACUGCUUUUAUUGCCAAGUUGGCCUUAAUACGGAAGGGGCUCGAGACAAUAUGUGUUUUCUUAACCCCCCCCCCCCCCCUUCCCAGAAAAUCAAAUCCCAUUCCCUUCCCCCACCCUCCAAAAAAGUAAGGUUCCCUUCGAGUGGCCCUCCAAGACAGAGUUUGUCCAUAACAUACGUUAAGUACCUCCAAGUACUUAAAAAAACCUUUUGUACACAGACUAUGAUGUGUUGAUUAAACAAUUCGUCUUU